AUGUCGUUUCUGGGAACAAAUUACUGUGUGCUCAUUCGUUUAGUGUUUUUAACAUCACUACUAUCGCUUUUUUUUGUAUCCCUCGCCCAAGUUACUGCCAGCGGACCCCAGACACCACCGCCGCUGCGGCGGCAGAAGCCGAAUGAGCGAAUAAACAAUUGGGUUGUCAUCGUCGGUGGCGCGCGUUAUUAUUUUAACUACCGGCACACUUUGAAUUCCCUUGCGAUUUAUAACAUUGCUCGUGAACACGGCAUUGACGACGACCACAUCCUUUUCUUUUCAAGCGAUGGAAUCGCAUGCGACCCGCGUAAUCCCUACGCCGCAGCUGUGCAAGCCCAGUUUGGGAAUAACGCGCCAAUGAUGAACUUGUAUAAUCAAUGCACGCGUGUUGAUUUUUUUGGCGAUAACGUAGACGUGCGAACCUUUCUUGAUGUUCUCCAGGGCCGCUACGACGAGAACACUCCUGAGACGCGCCGCCUACGCACGGAUGCCAACUCCAACAUCCUGUUAUACUUCACCGGCCAUUCCGCGAAGGGGUACUUCAAGUUCCAGGACUCCGAAUACUUGUCCGGGGUGGAUUUGUCCGAGUCUCUGGCGAUGAUGCACACACAGGGACGCUACCACAAGAUCCUAAUCCUCGCCGAUACCUGCAAGGCGCUGGCGCUCUGUAACGAGAUCACGGCCCCGAACGUCGUCUGCCUGGCCUCUUCGAACGCCACCAUGGACAGCUUCUCGGAACAUUUCUCCAAAACACUGGGCGUCUCCGUUGUCUCCCGCUGGACCUUUGAGAUCCUUAAAAUCCUUGAGGGUGCGGGCUGCGCGGCGCCCUCGCCAGGGGAGACUGAGGAACCUCCGCGCCGAGUCUCUGUGAUGCACCAGUCGGUGCACAGCUUCAACUACAACCCCUUUAGGCGGGAGUUGGAGGGGGACCCAUCGGAGCCUGCACACAGAGACGCCUCCAACGACGCGGGUGCUAUUCAUCGUUGGCUUAUGGCGGAAUUCUUAUGCCCAAGCCAAGCGUUUUCAUUUCCAAUCGAGGUGCGGUAUGACUUAUUUUGA